GUGGCGCUAGAGGUUCUUGCGCCUAUUUCUACUUCGUCGCUCGUUCACGAAAAGAGUACACACCCAUAGCAACACAAACAUCAGCAUCCUGUCAGAGCUGAAACGAUGAAGCAGUCCAAACAUUAGAUACACGUCAAAACAUCAGACGGAAAUCAACAGCACAGGUCUAUUUACCUUAAUAUACGGAUAGCAAUGCAAGCGGACGACGCCAGAUAUUUAAAACGGAAAUAUAAGGGUGGUAGUUUAGAUGUCCACCCCACAGAAAAAGCCCUCGUUGUCCAGUAUGAAGUGGAAGCCACGAUCCUGGGCGAGAUGGGAGACCCAAUGCUAGGAGAACGCAAGGAGUGCCAGAAGAUAAUUCGUUUGAAAAGCCUGAAUUCCAACACAGACAUUGCGUCUUUAGCACGGAAGGUAGUGGAGGAAUGUAGACUAAUUUCCCCUUCCAGACUUCCGGAGGUGGAACAGUUAUUGUUCUACCUGCAGAACCGCAAGAAAUCUGCUGAAAAGAAAGAGAAGAAACAGAUCAAGCCAAGAGACCUGACUCCUUUUGAAGGCAUGGAGCUGGAUGAGGAGGCCAACAUUAAUAGCAUAGAUGACUAUGUUGAGCUCCUGUAUGAGGACAUCCCUGAGAAGAUUAGAGGAGCUACACUCAUCCUCCACUUGGCCCGUAACCCUGACAACCUGGAGGAGUUGCUGCAGAAUGAGACAGCUCUGGGCGCGCUGGCCCGGGUCCUGAGGGAAGACUGGAAGCAGAGUGUCGAUUUGGCAACCACCAUCAUCUAUGUCUUCUUCUGCUUCUCCAGUUUCUCCCAGUUCCACGGCCUGAUCACUCACUACAAGAUCGGCGCGCUGUGCAUGAGCAUAAUUGAGCAUGAGCUGAAGCGCUAUGACCUAUGGCAGGACGAACUGCAGAAGAAAAAGAAGGCUGGGGAUGAUGACCCAGACAAUCAGAACCUGAAGAAGGAGUACGAGAAAGCCCUGAAGAAAUACCAUGGAUUGCUGACCAAGCAGGAACAACUUUUGAGAGUGGCUCUGUACCUGCUGCUGAAUCUGUCUGAGGACACCCGCACAGAGUUGAAGAUGAGGAACAAGAACAUUGUCCACCUUUUAGUGAAAACGCUGGACAGGGACAGUGAGGAGCUACUGGUGCUGGUAGUGUCCUUCCUCAAGAAGCUCAGUAUCUUCUUAGAGAAUAAAAAUGACAUGGCUGAGGUAGAUACAGUAGAGAAGCUGGCGAAACUGGUGCCCUGUGAACAUGAAGAUCUUUUGAACGUCACUCUUCGCCUCCUCCUUAAUCUCUCCUUUGACACCGGCCUUCGCAGCAAGAUGGUGGAGGUGGACCUUCUGCCCAGACUCACCGCAUUGCUAGGAGACGAAGCGCAGAGACAGAUCGCCAUGUGCAUUCUGUACCACAUCAGCAUGGACGAUCGUUUCAAGUCCAUGUUUGCCUACACGGACUGCAUUCCACAGGUAAUGAAGAUGCUGUUUGAUUGUGGUGAGGAGAGGAUUGACGCUGAGCUCAUUUCCUUCUGCAUUAACCUGGCUGCCAACAAAAGGAAUGCCCAGAUUAUGUGUGAAGGCAAUGGUCUGAAGAUGCUGAUGAAGAGAGCACUGAAGCUAAAGGACCCUCUAAUGAUGAAGAUGAUCCGAAAUAUAUCUCAGCAUGAUGGACCAUCUAAAAAUCUUUUCAUUGACUAUGUUGGAGACCUGGCGGCUCAGAUCGGACUAAAGGAAGAAGAGGAGUUUGUGAUUGAGUGCUUGGGAACUCUUUCCAAUCUUACCAUUCCUGAUCUUGAUUGGGAACUUGUGCUAAAGGAGUACAACCUGGUGCCUUAUCUCAAAGACCACCUCAAACCAGGCUCUGCAGAGGAUGACCUCAUUCUGGAGGUGGUGAUUAUGAUUGGCACGGUCUCCAUGGAUGACUCCUGUGCUGUAAUGUUGGCCAAAUCCGGCAUUAUUCCUGCUCUAAUAGAACUACUGAAUGCCCAGCAAGAAGAUGAUGAGUUUGUCUGUCAGAUUGUGUACGUCUUUUACCAAAUGGUGUUUCACCAGGCCACUCGAGAUGUCAUUAUAAAAGAAACCCAGGCUCCAGCAUAUCUUAUUGACCUAAUGCACGACAAAAAUGCAGAAAUACGCAAAGUGUGUGACAAUACAUUGGACAUCAUUGCUGAAUAUGAUGUGGAGUGGGGCAAGAAGAUCCAGAGUGAGAAGUUCCGCUGGCAUAACUCUCAGUGGCUGGAGAUGGUGGAGAACCGGCAAAUGGAUGAGGCAGAGCCUUUCAUGUAUGGAGACGAUGGAGAACCUUUCCUCCAAAAUGGUGACAUCCUGGAACGGCCUGACCUCUUCUACAGUGCAGAUGGAAUAAUCCCAGCAGAUGGUGCCAUUAGUCCCGAGUUCUUCACAGAUUUCCAGAAUGGAGACCUGUUAGGACCACAGGGUUUCCCCAGCAGAGCAUCUUUUAUCCUUUUGUGUUUCAUAAAAGAAAGUCAGUUAAAUUUGGAAUGCCAUGAGGACUCAGAGCGCCAUCUAGUGUUGCUUAUAACCUUUUAUCUAACCUAUAAACAAGUAAAGAUACACAUUAACAUGAUUUAUUUCUUUGACAGACGGAUACGGACAGACGGGUGUGACUCCAGCACGUCCUGCCACGGCUUACGGCUUUCGGCCUGAUGAGCAGUUUUAUUACGGUUACACAGCGUCACGGUAGGAGAGUGUCAGGGAAGCCCUCUGAAGCCCUUCGUAAACUCUGAAAACCAAUUAAAUGGAUCUCAAAUGAUGUUAGUUAGGUAUGGUCUCUUUAUCAUUUCAAAUGAAAGCAACACUACUGAUUUUCUUCAUUAUCAGAUUUUCUUUCUAUAUUUAUUACAUUCCAUGUGAAACUCAGUCUGAAUGUGUUUUUAAGCAGAAUGUUUUCAAUGAAGCUUCGAUUUGGGGCUAGAUCAUGUAGUUUCAGUGUAUGCUUUAGCCUACUUGUCAACACUGAAGAAACUAAUGGCACCACAUUGCCUUUUCUGUGCAAUAUAUCAAAAGUAGGUGUUCAGUUGCAUGCUAUUUCAGUAGUUGAGGGUUGAAAACACCUACUCUUUAUACAUUAUAACAAUCAUGUCAGUUUAACUGCAUGAUAGUGGUUCAGAUUUAGGUUUCUGGAAACAAAAUAUUGUGAAGCUUCAGCUGUAUCUCAUGUAUUAAUAGUUAAUAGUCAAUCAUUGUUGUUCAUUAUAGGAUUUAUAGGAUCAGUUUUGCAUGUUUACAUAAAGCGACUGACUGUAAGGGUCAUUUUAAAGAUUGUGGUGCCCCCUUGUGGACUCGCCUAUGAAAUUACGUAUUAUUUUCAAAUACAUUACAUACACUCUACAAGCACAGUGCCCAUGGUAACAACAUCAUUUUGCAGUCUUAAUAUCUUCAGUACUCACUAAUGUGAUUGUGCGAAACAAUGUUGCCUGUUACUUUGCCUUUGAUACUGUAGCACAAUUAUUACAACACAUCUUUGCUUUUUAAUGGUGCACUGCUAACAACUUCUUAUGUAUUUUGUAAUGUAGAACUUAAGUGUUCUUUUAAAAUAAUACUGGUCUCUUGAUGUGCAUUUUAGUAUUUAUGAAACUCUGUUUCAUUGGUGCCUGGGGAUUGUCUUAAUUACUGUUUUAUAUAAAAUGCCUUUUUAUUUAAUGUGGUGCAAUAUGAAAUACAUAAACUGAUGUGCAAAGCU